AGACUUGUAGCAUUACAACAUUUUACUCACUCUGCGGAUCUCGCAGAUCUGAGAAAGAAGACACCAAACUUUUCUCUUUUCUUAAAAUUCCACCCCAUUUUCUCUCCUCCGCCCCACAAAACCCACAAAUUCCUCUCUACAAAUUUCUCUUCACUUUGAUCCCACCAUUUCUGCCUUUAAUCUGGUAAGCUAACUAGAAUAAAAUGGAGAAGUCCUGUUCUUUGCUGAUACACUUUGAUAAGGGCACUCCAGCUCUUGCCAAUGAGAUCAAGGAAGCUCUUGAAGGGAGUGAUGUUCCUGCCAAGGUUGAUGCCAUGAAGAAAGCUGUCAUGCUUUUGUUGAAUGGUGAAACCUUACCCCAACUGUUUAUUACUAUUAUUAGAUAUGUCUUGCCCUCUGAAGAUCACACGAUUCAAAAGCUGCUGCUUCUGUAUUUGGAGAUUAUUGAGAAGACCGAUUCUAAGGGGCGUGUGCUUCCUGAAAUGAUCCUAAUUUGUCAGAACUUGAGGAAUAAUUUGCAGCAUCCAAAUGAGUACAUUCGUGGAGUAACUUUGAGAUUCCUUUGCCGGCUAAAUGAGGUUGAUAUAAUUGAACCUCUGAUUCCAUCUAUUAUGAGCAACUUGGAGCACCGGCAUCCGUAUGUUCGCCGGAAUGCAAUACUUGCUGUGAUGGCUGUUUACAAGCUUCCACAGGGUGAGCAACUUCUGGCAGAUGCACCAGAAAAGAUUGAGAACGUUCUUACCACAGAGCAGGAUCCGUCAGCUAAAAGGAAUGCAUUUUUGAUGCUUUUCCAAUGUGCUCAGGAACGUGCUAUCAAUUACCUCUUGACCCAUGUUGAUAGAGUAUCUGAUUGGGGUGACUUACUUCAAAUGGUUGUCUUGGAUUUGGUCCGUAAAGUUUGCAGGACAAACAAAGGGGAGAAAGGGAAGUACAUCAAGAUAAUUAUAUCACUGCUCAACUCCCCUUCUGCUGCUGUUGUCUAUGAAUGUGCUGGAACUCUUGUUUCUUUGUCUUCUGCCCCAACUGCUAUAAGAGCUGCAGCCAAUACCUAUUGUCAACUUCUACAGUCUCAGAGUGACAACAAUGUGAAGCUUAUCGUGCUUGAUAGACUGAAUGAAUUGAAAUCUUCUCAUAGGGAGAUCAUGGUUGAUAUGAUAAUGGAUGUCCUCAGAGCGCUCUCAAGCCCUAAUCUUGACAUCAGGAGAAAAACACUUGACAUUGUUCUUGAGUUGAUCACCCCCCGGAAUAUCAAUGAGGUUGUUCUCACACUUAAGAAAGAAGUCAUGAAAACCCAAAGCGGUGAACUUGAGAAGAAUGGUGAGUACCGUCAAAUGCUUAUCCAAGCCAUUCAUUCAUGUGCUGUAAAGUUUCCGGAAGUCGCAAGCACAGUAGUCCAUCUGUUGAUGGACUUCUUGGGAGAUAACAAUGUCGCUUCUGCAAUUGAUGUGGUUGUUUUUGUCCGUGAGAUUAUUGAAACAAAUCCAAAAUUAAGGGUUUCCAUUGUUACAAGACUACUGGAUACUUUCUACCAAAUUCGUGCUGCACGUGUUUGUUCAUGUGCCCUUUGGAUUAUUGGAGAGUAUUGUAUAUCUCUUUCUGAAGUUGAGAGUGGCAUUGCAACUAUCAAACAGUGCCUUGGAGACCUACCAUUUUAUUCAGCUUCUGAGGAAGGCGAAGCUAAUGAUUCUUCGAAAAAGUCUCAGCAAAUAAACUCCACUACUGUUUCAUCUAGAAGACCUGCUGUCCUUGCUGAUGGGACAUAUGCUACUCAAAGUGCUGCCUCUGAAACUGCUUUUUCACCCCCUACAGUAGUUCAAGGAUCUUUGACCGCUGGAAAUCUGAGAUCCCUCCUGCUAACUGGUGAUUUCUUCCUUGGGGCAGUUGUUGCUUGCACCCUGACUAAGCUUAUUUUGAGAUUGGAAGAAGUCCAACCAUCCAAAGUUGAAGUGAACAAAGCAACAACUAAUGCUUUACUGAUCAUUGUCUCAAUGAUACAGCUAGGGCAGUCUUCAGCUCUUCCACACCCAAUUGAUAAUGAUUCCUAUGAUAGGAUGGUUCUGUGUGUAAGAUUGCUAUGUAAUACUGGCAAUGAGGUCAGGAAGAUCUGGUUGAAUUCUUGCCAUGAGAGUUUUGUUAAAAUGCUUUCUGAUAAGCAGAUGCGAGAGACAGAAGAGAUCAAAGCAAAGGCUCAAAUUUCUCAUUCUCAGCCUGAUGACCUCAUUGAUUUCUACCAUUUGAAGAGUAGGAGGGGCAUGAGUCAGCUGGAGUUGGAAGAUGCAGUCCAAGAUGAUUUGAAGCGUGCCACUGGAGAAUUUGUAAAAGACGAGACUGAUGCUAAUAAACUAAACCGGGUUCUGCAACUAACAGGAUUUAGCGACCCUGUUUAUGCUGAAGCAUAUGUGACAGUUCAUCAUUAUGAUAUUGUCCUGGAUGUGACAGUUAUUAAUAGAACUAAAGAGACCCUCCAGAAUUUAUGUUUGGAAUUGGCAACUAUGGGUGAUCUUAAACUUGUUGAGCGUCCACAGAAUUAUACUCUAGCUCCUGAGUCGAGCAAACAAAUAAAAGCAAACAUCAAGGUGUCCUCAACUGAGACUGGCGUCAUUUUUGGGAACAUUGUUUAUGAGACGUCGAAUGUGUUUGACCGGAUGGUGGUUGUGCUAAAUGACAUUCAUAUUGACAUCAUGGAUUAUAUAUCCCCUGCAGUGUGCAGUGAUGCUGCUUUUAGAACCAUGUGGGCAGAAUUUGAGUGGGAAAACAAGGUUGCUGUCAACACUGUCAUUCAAGAUGAAAAAGAUUUUCUUGACCAUAUAAUCAAAUCAACCAACAUGAAGUGCCUUACUGCGCUGUCUGCUUUGGAAGGGGAAUGCGGGUUUCUCGCUGCUAACUUGUAUGCAAAGAGUGUGUUUGGCGAGGAUGCUUUGGUGAAUGUAAGCAUUGAGAAACAAGCAGAUAGUAAGCUGAGCGGCUACAUCAGGAUAAGGAGCAAAACCCAAGGAAUUGCUCUUAGCUUGGGAGACAAGAUAACACUCAAGCAGAAGGGAGGCAGUUGAUCAGAUCAACUUGAAUUUAGUAUCACCUAGAUCUGCUG